GGGCAGCAGGCUGGAAGAAGGAAGCAAGGAGCUGAAGGAGGGGAUUCCUGGUUAGAUCUCCCAGCUAUAAAACACUUAGGGCAAUUGCAGUUUAAGAAAUUGAUACCUGCUGGCCGGGGGCUGCAGGAGGCAUAGAAGGUGUGAAACUCAGAACCUGGCAUAUUUGUAGAAAGAGACAGAUAAGGUGAAUAAAUAUAGGGGGGAAAGAUGACGACCAUUGAAACACAUAUACAAUACUCCAACUCCUAUAACAUGACGGAAGAAGACUAUAUGGUACAGGAGGAAGACUGGGAUAGAGACCUACUCCUGGAUCCUGCUUGGGAGAAGCAACAGAGAAAGACCUUCACAGCCUGGUGUAACUCUCACCUCCGGAAAGCUGGCACACAGAUUGAAAACAUUGAGGAGGACUUCAGAAAUGGACUGAAAUUGAUGCUUCUGCUUGAGGUCAUUUCUGGUGAGAGAUUGCCCAAACCCGACAAAGGAAAAAUGCGUUUCCAUAAGAUUGCUAAUGUGAACAAGGCUCUGGACUUUAUUGCAAGCAAAGGGGUGAAACUUGUGUCUAUUGGUGCUGAGGAAAUUGUUGAUGGCAACCUGAAAAUGACCUUGGGUAUGAUUUGGACUAUCAUUCUACGUUUUGCAAUUCAAGAUAUUUCUGUAGAAGAAACCUCUGCAAAGGAAGGUCUGCUGCUCUGGUGUCAAAGAAAAACAGCUCCUUACAGAAAUGUCAAUGUACAGAAUUUCCACAUUAGCUGGAAGGAUGGACUUGCACUGUGUGCACUCAUCCACAGACACAGACCUGACCUGAUUGACUACUCCAAACUCAGAAAGGAUGAUCCCAUUGGUAAUCUCAACACUGCCUUUGAUGUUGCAGAAAAAUAUUUGGAUAUCCCCAAAAUGUUGGAUGCAGAGGAUAUUGUGAAUACUCCAAAGCCAGAUGAGAAGGCAAUUAUGACAUAUGUGUCCUGCUUCUACCAUGCGUUUGCUGGAGCUGAGCAGGCUGAGACUGCAGCCAACAGAAUCUGUAAAGUUCUAGCUGUAAACCAGGAGAAUGAGAAGCUGAUGGAGGAAUAUGAGAAGUUAGCAAGUGAGCUCCUGGAAUGGAUCCGCCGCACCAUCCCCUGGCUGGAGAACAGAACCCCCGAGAAGAACAUGGGUGCCAUGCAGAAGAAACUGGAAGACUUCAGAGACUACAGAAGGGUUCACAAACCUCCUCGUGUGCAAGAGAAAUGCCAGCUGGAGAUCAACUUCAACACCCUGCAGACCAAGCUGAGACUUAGCAAUCGUCCAGCAUUCAUGCCCUCUGAAGGCAAGAUGGUGUCUGACAUCGCCAAUGCCUGGAAAGGACUGGAGCAGGUAGAGAAGGGAUAUGAAGAGUGGCUGCUGCUGGAAAUCAGGAGACUGGAAAGGUUGGAGCAUUUGGCUGAGAAGUUUAAACAGAAAGCUUCUCUACAUGAGUCUUGGACUAGAGGAAAGGAAGAACUGCUGACCCAGAGAGAUUAUGAAUCUGCCUCCCUUAUGGAGAUCCGAGCUCUUGUGCGGAAACAUGAAGCAUUUGAGAGCGAUCUGGCAGCCCACCAGGACCGAGUUGAACAGAUUGCUGCCAUUGCUCAAGAGCUAAAUGAGCUAGACUACCAUGAUGCGGCUUCAGUUAACAGCCGAUGCCAGGCCAUCUGUGACCAGUGGGAUAAUUUGGGCACCCUCACACAGAAGAGGAGAGAUGCUCUGGAGCGUGUAGAGAAGCUUCUGGAAACCAUUGACCAGCUGUACUUGGAGUUUGCCAAGAGAGCAGCUCCUUUCAAUAACUGGAUGGAUGGAGCCGUAGAAGAUCUGCAAGAUAUGUUCAUCGUACACAGCAUUGAGGAAAUCCAGAGUCUCAUUACAGCCCAUGAGCAAUUCAAAGCAACACUGCCAGAGGCAGAUAAAGAGAAGAUGUCAAUUUUGGGCAUCCAGGCUGAGAUCCAGAAAAUUGCCCAAACCUAUGGAAUCAAACUGUCUGGAAUUAACCCAUACACUAACCUCACCCACCUGGAUAUUUCCAAUAAAUGGGAGACAGUGAAACAACUGGUUCCUCACAGAGACCAAACUCUGCAAGAGGAGCUUGCCCGUCAGCAGGCUAAUGAGCGCCUUCGUCGCCAGUUUGCAGCACAAGCCAAUGUGAUUGGGCCUUGGAUCCAGUCCAAGAUGGAGGAGAUUGGCCGUAUCUCUGUGGACAUCAGCGCUUCUUUGGAAGACCAGAUGAACCAUCUUAAACAGUAUGAACAGAACAUCAUCUCCUAUAAAUCCAACAUUGAUAAGCUAGAAGGUGACCACCAACUCAUCCAAGAAUCUCUCAUUUUUGAUAACAAGCACACAAACUACAGCAUGGAGCAUAUUCGCGUAGGAUGGGAGCAGCUUCUAACAACAAUUGCCAGGACCAUUAAUGAGGUUGAAAACCAGAUCCUGACACGUGAUGCCAAGGGUAUUAGCCAAGAACAAAUGAAUGAGUUCAGAGCAUCCUUCAACCACUUUGACCGAAAGAGGAAUGGCAUGAUGGACCCAGAUGAUUUCCGUGCAUGUCUAAUUUCCAUGGGAUAUGAUCUGGGUGAAGUGGAGUUUGCUCGAAUUAUGACUUUGGUUGAUCCCAACAAUACAGGAGUUGUAACCUUCCAGGCUUUCAUUGACUUCAUGACAAGAGAGACAGCAGAAACAGACACUGCUGAACAAGUUAUGGCCUCAUUCAAGAUUCUGGCUUCUGACAAGAGUUAUAUUACUAUUGAGGAACUGCGCAGAGAACUGCCACCUGAACAAGCAGAAUAUUGCAUCACUCGCAUGACAAAGUACACCGGCGCAGAUGCAAUCUCAGGAGCUCUGGAUUAUAUGUCAUUCUCCAGUGCUCUGUAUGGAGAGAGUGAUCUAUAAAAGGAAAAUCUUGCUUCCCAUGACCAUCCCAUGCUCAGCCAUUUCGCCAUGUAUUGAUGCCUGACCUUUCAGCUAAAGUCAAAUACCUUUUUAAAAUGUAGCCUUAAUUGCACAACAAAAUAUAUAUAUAUACACUUUGUUGAUUAAACCAAUAUUGAAAUGAAGCAGCAGUCAUGUGUUUGUGGCACCACUGACACAAUGAACUCUCAAUCAGGCCCAAUGUCAUACAAACCAAAUUGCUUAUGUCCUGUCAAAGUUUUAGCACUAGCAAUGAAUAUGAUGUUAGAAGAAAGCAGAAAGCAUGUCAAUGGGCAGAUCAUUUUGGCUCACAUUUGCUUGGAAGGUAACUCCCAUACAAUAAAAGCACCAUUACUUUUAUCAAGGGUCAUUUCAGCAGAGACACAGUACAAUGAUCCCUGGCCUGCACAGAUGUUUCAAUGUUUGUAUUUCAUUCUGUAUGACCCCUAAGUGUAUAUAUAUAUAUGUUUGUGAAUAUUAUUGCUGUAUUUUAAUAAAGUUAGACUGUGCAUUUUAAUUUUCACAUCUGAAUAAGUCACAAGCAUCUCUUUAAACCAGUAGUUUCUUCCAAAAUCUCUUUUUCCUAUAUCUAAAAAUAUAUCCAAUGGCAAAGAAGUGUGUCGCUAAAUAUGUAAAAAACAAUCAGUACAAAUAUAGCCAUUAAAAUGCAGAUUUUAGGGGCAUCUAUUUGCAUUCAUUUGGGUGAAGGUACAAUAUUUUCCAGUCUUGAGAAAAUUCUAAUAAAGAGGGAAUAUCAAUUGUAAAUGAUGUUAAUAUUUAAGAGUUUCAUUGAUGACAUAAUCAGUUCACCUCUAUAUUCAUAUCUAGGAAACCAAAUCUUAAAUCUCUACUUUACAAAAUGACGUCACUGCUGGUUGAAUGACAUAUUCAUAUUAACAUAUUAAUUACAUUCAUAAAGACAGAAUUUGUCCAUAGAAACAGUUGUAAUGCAUGGAGAAGUGGUGUUAAGGAUUUUAAUGUGAAAAGAAUGACAUGGGUAAUAUGCAGAAGUUUGAAACUGGUGAAAUACUUUAUGCAAAAAUAUUAGUAAAAAAAUGUUCACACUUGUAUUUUCUAUCAAAAAAUGUCAAAUAUAAGAUGAAGACUUUCCCUAAAAUCUAAAAAUUAAACUUUCAGCAUUAGCAAUUUUUUUUUUAAAUCCCAGUCCAGUAGCCCAUUUAUGCACAAGUUCUAAUAAUCACGAAUGCCAUAGGCACGCUGGCUUUAGAAGAAAUUUUAUACAGCAGAGCUACAUACAUCUUUAAGUACCAGUUGCCAGGAAUUCAAACAUAAUGGCUGGUCAUGUGGCUUCUAUUACACUGAUGAAAUUCCUCCAGACACAGGAGAAGAAAGAACAAUAAAAUAUACAUUACAAACAAAAA